AUGUUCGGAAAGAAAAAGAAAAAGAUUGAAAUAUCUGGUCCAUCCAACUUUGAACACAGGGUUCACACUGGAUUUGAUCCGCAAGAACAGAAAUUCACGGGCCUCCCGCAGCAGUGGCACAGCCUGUUAGCAGACACGGCCAACAGGCGGAAGCCCAUGGUAGACCCUUCCUGCAUCACACCCAUCCAGCUGGCUCCUAUGAAGACAAUCGUUAGAGGAAAUAAACCGUGCAAAGAAACCUCCAUCAACGGCCUGCUGGAGGACUUCGACAACAUCUCUGUGACUCGCUCCAACUCCCUAAGGAAAGAAAGCCCGCCCACCCCAGACCAGGGAGCCUCCAGCUACGGUCAAGGCCAUCGGGAAGAAAAUGGCUUCAUCACCUUCUCGCAGUAUUCCAGCGAGUCCGAUACCACUGCUGACUACAGCACUGAGAAGUAUCGAGAAAAGAGUCUCUAUGGUGAUGACCUGGAUCCGUUUUAUAAAGGCAGCCAUGCUGCCAAGCAAAAUGGGCAUGUCACAAAGACCAAACACGGGGAAGCCUACUAUUCUGAGAUGAAGCCUUUGAAAUCCGAUAUUGCCAGAUUUCCCGUUGAUUAUCACACACACUUGGACUCACUGAGCAAACCAAGUGAAUACAAUGAGCUCAAGUGGGAGUACCAGAGAGCCUCAAGCAGUUCCCCUCUAGAUUAUCCAUUCCAAUUCACGCCUUCUAGAACUGCGGGGACCAGCGGGUGUUCCAAGGAGAGUCUGGUGUUCAGCGAAAGCGAGUGGGGACCCAGCCUAGAUGACUAUGAUAGGAGGCCAAAGUCAUCAUACUUGAAUCAGACCAGCCCUCAGCCCACCAUGCGGCAAAGGUCCAGGUCAGGUUCGGGGCUCCAGGAACCAAUGAUGCCCUUCGGAGCAAGUGCAUUUAAAACCCACCCCCAAGGACACUCGUACAACUCCUACACCUACCCUCGCCUGUCUGAGCCCACAAUGUGCAUUCCAAAGGUGGAUUACGAUCGAGCACAGAUGGUCCUCAGCCCUCCGCUGUCAGGGUCUGACACCUACCCCAGGGGGCCCGCCAAACUACCUCAAAGUCAAAGCAAAGCAGGCUACUCCUCAAGCAGCCACCAGUACCCAUCUGGGUACCACAAAGCCACCCUCUACCACCACCCCUCCCUGCAGACCAGUUCACAGUACAUCUCCACAGCUUCUUAUCUGAGCUCUCUGAGUAUCUCAUCCAGUACCUACCCCCCACCCAGCUGGGGCUCCUCUUCAGACCAGCAGCCCUCCAGGGUGUCCCAUGAACAGUUUCGGGCUGCUCUGCAGCUGGUGGUCAGCCCCGGAGACCCCAGAGAAUACUUGGACAACUUUAUCAAAAUCGGAGAAGGGUCAACCGGCAUUGUGUGCAUCGCAACUGAGAAACACACAGGGAAACAAGUUGCAGUGAAGAAAAUGGACCUCCGCAAGCAACAGAGACGAGAACUCCUCUUUAAUGAGGUUGUGAUAAUGCGGGAUUACCACCAUGACAACGUGGUUGACAUGUAUAACAGCUACCUUGUUGGCGACGAGCUCUGGGUGGUCAUGGAAUUUCUAGAAGGCGGUGCCUUGACAGACAUUGUCACUCAUACCAGAAUGAAUGAAGAACAGAUAGCCACCGUCUGUCUGUCAGUUCUGAGAGCUCUUUCCUACCUUCACAAUCAAGGAGUGAUUCACAGGGACAUAAAAAGUGACUCCAUCCUCCUGACAAGUGAUGGCCGGAUAAAGCUAUCUGACUUUGGUUUCUGUGCUCAAGUUUCUAAAGAGGUGCCGAAGAGGAAAUCACUGGUUGGCACUCCUUACUGGAUGGCACCUGAGGUGAUUUCUAGGCUACCUUAUGGGACAGAGGUGGAUAUCUGGUCCCUCGGAAUCAUGGUGAUAGAAAUGAUUGAUGGCGAGCCCCCCUAUUUCAAUGAGCCCCCCCUCCAGGCAAUGCGGAGGAUUCGGGACAGUUUACCUCCAAGAGUAAAGGACCUACACAAGGUUUCUUCAGUGCUCCGGGGAUUCCUAGACCUGAUGCUGGUGAGGGAACCCUCACAAAGAGCCACAGCCCAGGAACUCCUUGGACAUCCAUUCUUGAAACUGGCAGGUCCGCCAUCUUGCAUCGUUCCCCUCAUGAGACAAUACAGACAUCACUGA